AUGCCACGCCACUGGAGUGAAACGGUAGACUGGAUAUGGGCAUCCAACUGGGACGAAAGCCGCGAUGUCGCUCGCAUCGUGCAAUUCCGGCGCUCAUUCGCCCUCGAAUCAGUGCCAUCUGAAUGUCUCAUUCACGUCUCCGCUGACACGCGAUACCGACUUUAUGUGAAUGGACGCAGCGUAUGCUUUGGUCCUGCCAAAAGUCACUUGGGGGAAUGGAAUUACGAAAGUGUCGAUAUUGCGCCGUUUUGUAACGUCGGCCGCAACACCAUCGCCAUGCGCGUGUUGCGAUAUUCGGCGCAAUUUCCGGGAAAUAUGUCGCUUACGAGGGCAAUAUUACCGGGAGUUAUUGUGCAUUCUGAUGUGGUGGUAAGAGAUCCAACCCAAAUAUUAAUAAAUAUUGCACGUAUCAUAGCUAACGAAGGGAAGCCUGAGGUUGGGACCAACAGUAGCUGGCGGUGGAAAAUAGAUGAGGCCGUACGCAUAGGUAGUAAGUCUGCUUGGGACCCAAAUCUUGGGCCUGUGCUGCUGUCUAUCAAUGAGGAUGUCGAUGGCUCCAAGCAAGACUUGGACUGGGUACAGCCCAACUUCGACGACGGUACUUGGCUACCGGCCGUCAAGGCUACCAUGAAGGCUCCCAUGCUUCCAAUUUUAGAUCAGAGACGCCUAGCCAAGCGCUCAAUCCCGCUUCUACCUGAGACCCCAGGCCGGUUUUUAGAGAUCGUCAAAUGCGACGCCGACACCCCCAGCCUUCAAGACUGGAACCAUCUUAUUCGACAUGACCAACCACUUAAGAUCGAAGCUGGCCGUAGAGUUACUGCCGUUUUCGCCGCAGAGACGUACACAACUGGGUUUAUCUGCCUACAGAUGCGCCAGGGCGCUGGAGCCAAAAUCCGCAUUCGUUGCGCAGAGUGCUUUGAACAGCCAUCGGCCACACCCAACCCAUUUGCUCGCAUCAAAACUGACCGAACUGAUGUCUCGGGAGCUCUUAUGGGUAAAGAUGACUACUAUAUCUGCGGGCGAGACACGCCAAGCGAUGUUGUGGUCACCUAUGAACCAUUCUGGUUUCGAACAUUCCGAUACGUUGAGCUAGAGAUAGAGACUCGGCCUUCUUCGCCAUUAGAAAUUUUGCAGAUGACAUUUCAUGAAACCCACUAUCCGCUAGAGAAAACGACACAAAUCACAAAAUUCCCUUCAGUUGAGGAGUCAAAGUUAUGGGAUAUUAGUAUCAACACGCUGCGCAACUGCAUGCAUGAGACCUACGAGGAUUGCCCGUUUUACGAGCAGAAUCAAUUUGGCAUGGACUCGCGAUUACAAAUACUUUUCACCUACCAGCUCUCCAACGACGAUCGACUUGCCCGUAAAUGCAUGCAAGAAUUUCACUCUAGUCGCCGGUCCGACGGGCUUGUUGAGACGCAUUUCCCGUCGCCGCUUCCUGGUGUUAAUAUCCCCUAUUUUUCGCUCUAUUGGAUCUUCAUGGUAUAUGAUCACAUGAUGUACUUUGGCGACGAGACGCUGGUGCGUCGCUAUCUUGGCACAAUCGACGGUAUCCUCGACCACUUCCAUCAGCGCAUCGAUGACAGUAAUAACUUGGUAGGCCGCAUGGCAUGGGACGCAUGGCCGUUCGUCGACUGGACGCAGCAAUGGUCUGAUCCGGGUCCUGACCACGACUUUCGUAAUCUGGCUGUACCGCCUGCAUACGCUCGUACGGGAUGUAUGACCUACAGCAGCUUGAUAUACUCACUGACACUGCAACGCGCUGCUCAGCUCUGUGAAUUUGUCGGCCGGCGGGAUACUGCAUCUGAGUAUCACCAACGCGCCGCUCAGCUGAACGCAGCUGUCAUGAAACAUUGCUUCCGCGGAGAUUUCCUUGUUGACGGACCUGAUAGCCCUCCCGAAGAGCGCAGCCAGCACGCACAAGUAUUCGCCGUUCUCUGCGGCGCUCUAGAAGGCGAAACUGCUCGCACAGUCCUGCGCCACGCAUUGGCCGACUCGAGCUUUGUGCGAUGCUCUUACGCCAUGUCCUUCUAUGUCUUCGAAGCUGUGCGAACAGCAGGUCUUUAUGACGAGCUGCGGAGUACAUUGUUAGAGCCAUGGCGCGACAUGGUUCGUCAGAAUUUGUCCACAUGGGCCGAGUCAGCAGCUAUGCCACGUAGUGACUGUCAUGCAUGGAGUUCUGUUCCAAUUCAUGAUUUUGUUGCCAAUGUAGCUGGCCUGACCCCCGCAACGCCCGGAUUUAAACGUAUACGGCUGGAACCUCGGCGCGAGCUUUGGAAGGAGAUGUCGGGCUCGUUUGCAGUAGGCAACGGCUCAAUAGCCAUGUCGUGGAGUCCAGGAGAGCCGGUUGAGUUGGUGCCCUCAUUCGAUACCGAUGUUGAGAUUUGUGAUGGAAGUGCAAGCACACUUUACAAUGUGAAGAAGGACACAAAGCUGAGGUUCGAUAUUUGA